CGUCAAAUGACCAAACCAUAACAGGGAUGGACGUGUAUGUAGAUAGCUUCAAUCUUCAUGAAGGAGGACAGCAUGAUGGCUCAGCAUGAUGACUCAGCAGUACACGAGCCUACUACUGGUAGUCUGGUACGUUCUUUGAGCCUCAUCAUUAAAACCAUCAUUUAAUUUCAAAUGAGCUCAUUUGGAUUGCCCUACAUGUACUACUUCUUACACAAAUAAGCAUCUCACUCCCUCUGUCGGGCACCCUAUGACUUCCGUGAUUGAUUGACACGUCUAAACCAAUGAACAUUAUAUCAGAUGAACCAUCAGUAAGUUAUCUUGAUGGAAGGGAAACCUAGAACUCUUAGAAAACUUGGCAAAUUGGAGCGCUUCUCCAGUGUUCGCCAUGCCUUGGGAUAUUACAACAAUGUCGGGGUGACAGCGACUUACGUUUUAAAGACACGUCCGACGUCGCUCGAAGCAUCGAUUUAUGCCGCGUUCAAGGGAGCGAUCGAUGCACAUCCGGCGCUUUCCGCAAUCACCGUUGACGAGCUGACGGAUGCGUAUUUCGUCCAGGCACCGUCCAUCGACCUAUCCAAGGUUAUCAGAUUUGUCGAGCGUCGACGGGCACCGGAGUCAUGCGCCUCAGAAGAUCAGGAGCUGGAUGAAAUCUUGCAGAGCGAGCAUAACACCCGAUUCCUCCCAUCUGAAGGCGAAGAGCACCCACCAGCAUUAUGGAGAGCCGUGGUCUCCUCCCAUCCGUCGUCGCCAACGCACGUCACCAUCAGCUUCAUCUACCACCACUCCAUCGGCGACGGUCUUUCUGGCCUCGUCAUCCAGCGCUCUCUCGCAUCCAGCCUCACUGACCCAGCAACUCUUGCCAUCUCUACGCCCCAGCCGCUAGCCCCCUCGCCACCCACCCACGCCCUCUCUCCCCCCAUGGAAUCCCUCCUCCCCCUCCCCCUCUCCCUCCCCUUCCUCCUCCGCGCCCUCUGGAGCGAUUGGUUCCCAUCCCGCCCCAAAGGCAUCUGGACUGGGAUGCCCGCCACGACGCCCCUAGCCGUCCGCUUCCGGAGUUUCAGCUUCACGCCCCAUGAGACGAAGUCGUUCGCCGCCGCGUGCAAAACACAGCAGACGUCGCUGACUGCUGGGUUCCAGGUGGUGAUCGCCGCUGCGCUCUUCGAGGCUCUGCCGGGCGAGUGGGAGACGUUGGGGUGCACGGUGCCGGUAUCGUUGCGGCGGUUCGUGCGGGGGGAGGAGAAAGCACGCGCAGAGGAAACGAUGGGGGUUGUGGUCGCGUCGGUAAACACGGCGUACACCCGGUCUGGCACGAAGUCCGAGGAUCGGGCGGCGUUCUGGGCUGAGGCGCGACGAAGCCGGGACGAGGUCACGAAGUUGGUAAAGAAGGAUGGGCGGGAUACGAAUUCGGGGCUGUUGCGGUACGUUUCGGAUGUGCAUGAGUUCUUUGCGGGGAAGGUGGGGAAGGAGAGGGGGGAUAGUUUUGAGGUGUCGAGCUUGGGGGUCGUUAGGGGGGAGGGGAUGGGGAGGGCGGUGUUCAGUCAGAGUGCAACUGUGACGGGGCCGGCGGUGGAGGUUGGCAUCAUGACGGGAGGGGAUGGGUGUUUGUCGGUUGGGGUUACGUGGCAGGAGGGGGUUGUGGAUGAGGAGGUUGUUAGGAAGGUCGUUGAGAUCUCGAGAGAGCUCAUACGAGACCUCGGGACAGAGAAGAUAUAAGGAAUUGGCAUGACGCUGAGCAUUUUUGAGGCCAGGGAUAGAUAAUAGUUAAAUAUACACCUCAGGUAAAUUACCUUAUGCAAUUUAU